CGAAAAUAGGGUAAAGAGUAAAGAAAAAAGAAGACAGAAAUUCUACUGCGGAAUCGAUAUCUGCAGCAAGGAACGGCGGCAGCAGCAGCACGCCUGCCAUUCACUCUGCUCUCUCACUAUUUUCUCAUUACCUUCUGUCCUUCUGCCGUUCAUUACUACAAAGGAUUGGAGGAUUUCAAACCACUAGGAUCCUAAUUGGCAAUGGCUACUGCAAUGACAUUGCACAAGUGUCUGUGUCCAAGGAAUUCUGAGUUUUCAUUUUCUAAGCAUGUCAGAUCAAGAGCUGCAGCUCUGGGCCAUCAAAUAUGCUUUCGUAGCAAAGUUUGUGCCUUUGGCCAGAAACACCAUCUCAGUUAUGUAACCCAGCCUUCUUGGGUCACUAAUUUCAGGUAAGUGAUUGUGACAAUCGAUGUAAUAGGCUUAAGCUGUAGGUAUUCAUGUAGAAUUGUCUUUGCUUUUGGUUUUAUGCUCGAUAAACUUUGUCUAUCCUUCAGGAGGUAGCAGGUAGACAAUACACUUGUUCACAGUCACAUAUUCAAGGAAACAAUAAAAUAGCGUUAAGAAAUAUGUGUACAUAUUAAAAUCUCAAGGUUUUGUUUAAACCUUACAAUUCUAAGCAACUUGGUAUCCACUAAGGGUGCCUUUUUCCCACUUCAUGACAGACACUGUAAAUUGAUCAC